CGUCCUUUGCCCGGGCGCGCGGCGGCGGCGGCGGUGGCGUGGGGUUGAGUGGCGGCCUGCAGGCCCGCGGACGCGCCGCGGAGGAUGGGCGGGGGUCAGCCGAGCGGGCGUGGGUUAUAUGUUCCUGUGUGACUUACAGCAAAUUCCAUUCCCUGAGCUCUACCCAACAUGAGUGAAGUUUCCUGCAAGAAACGGGAUGACUAUUUGGAGUGGCCUGAGUAUUUCAUGGCAGUGGCCUUCUUAUCAGCACAGAGAAGCAAAGAUCCAAAUUCCCAGGUCGGAGCCUGUAUUGUGAAUGCAGAAAACAAGAUUGUUGGAAUUGGGUACAAUGGAAUGCCAAAUGGGUGCAGUGAUGACCUGUUGCCUUGGAGAAGAACAGCAGAGAAUAUACUGGAUACCAAGUACCCAUAUGUGUGCCAUGCCGAGCUGAAUGCCAUUAUGAACAAGAAUUCGGCCGAUGUGAAAGGCUGUAGCAUGUAUGUCGCCUUGUUCCCAUGUAAUGAAUGUGCUAAGCUCAUCAUCCAGGCAGGUAUAAAAGAAGUUAUUUUCAUGUCUGAUAAGUAUCAUGACAGUGAUGAGACAACAGCUGCAAGGCUCAUGUUUGAGAUGGCUGGGGUUACAUUCAGGAAAUUCACACCCAGGUGCAGCAAGAUUGUUAUUGACUUUGAUUCAAUUAACAGCCGACCGAGUCAGAAGCUUCAGUGAGUUCAAUCUCAUUAAAUCUACAGAAGUUUGGGACUCUCUUCGUCUAAGAAGCUGCUAAUGCCUUUCAUCUUAAAGUUGCAUAUAACUUCUUAUUAACUAGCCCAGCACAAAUACACAUGCAAAGGAUGUAUAGCCUCAAAUCUCUCUUACUGUCCCUCCUGUCGUAUGGAAUCUACAUCUGUUUAAACUAUUGGUUUAGGGUUGGAAAUCAGGGACCAGUCACGCAAGCCUGGAAUAAGGGUAUCUUCUCCCUUGUGACCUUGUUUGCUGGGGUCCUGGUUGCACUGCAGAAGAGCAUUACUCCUCUGUCAUCCACUUUGUGUGUGUGUGUGUGUGUGUGUGUGUGCUGGAAGGACACAUAAAUAAUUGUUUGUGUUCUUAGAGGAUGUGGCAGCCACACUGGUGUGCACAUCUGGCCCAAAUGAAGCAUGACAUGUAGUGCCCUUGGGGGAAAAAUGGCACUCAAAUGACAGUAGCAUUAAAGUAUUUGUUGCAGAGUUGAGGGAAGCCCCUACCCACCCACCCAGAAAACCUAGAUCAGAUGGCACAUCUGUCCUAACAGAUGAUCAGCACCAUUGAACCAGGAAUAUUUCCUCUGUUCCUGCUAUCCUGUUACAUGCUGGGUAGUGGCACAUUACCCCUCUGGGGGUGGGGACCCCUGUUAUUUUGGCCUCUUAUUUUUGGUUUGUUGGUCACAUGGAGCUGUUACAUUUAGUUUAUUUGACUAAUGAAUUGUUCCCAGAGGACACAGCUUGUCUUAUUGCCACCAGCAGACCACACCCUGCUGUGGUAGCAGCUGGGAUUGCACGAGUGGGCGGUGUUGGGUAUCCCCCACCUCUGCUACUUCUGCUGUGUAGAAACAGGUUGCUCCCUCUGUGUGCCAGCAUGGUUCAUUUCCAAGGGUGCUCCAUAACCAGAGAGUAAAUUAGUCCCUAUCCUGCAAGUGCAUUGUGAGGAAUGGCACUCACCUGGAGGUGGCUCAUUCCAGGUCUAUUGGUGAUGGAAGCUCAUUUGUGUUGGAAACAUGCCUUCAUCUACCCAAACAUCACCCUAAAUAUGCUUGGUGCCUUUGUUGAAACAAUGGUUUCUUUAUCUUAAAAAUUACUAUUUUCUCUUGAGUGCCCUUAUAUUUUGAGGAAUUUUUAUUUUGUCUCUGAGGUUUUGUACUCCAUGUUCUAGGACCUUGUAUGAUUUAUCUCCUUGCCAAUAUUAAAAUCUUAUUAAAAUUUA